UUCUUCAACGACUUUUUCACUCUCUCAUCAAAAAUCAUCUCAACUUUUCUCUUGUGGAAAUUUUCUCUGUUUAUCCGCGUACUAUAUUUGAUAUAUAUAUAUAGAUCUCCAAUACCCAGAUUCUGAGUAGGAGUAUUUGGAGGAUCUUAAUUAGUGGGGAAAUCAAGAUGGAGAACAACCAGCAAUCAUUUUUUCAAUUCAGCGAUCAGCUUCGUGUGCAGGGUUCCAACUUGGCUAAUCUGUCGCUCAACGAUUCACUUUGGAGCAACAAUUCAAUCUGGAGUAACAACUAUGUCUCCAAGAGGACCACCGAUGAGAGGAGGAAUUUCGAUAUCAGAGUCGGUGGGGAAGUUAACCAUCCUAUUCCUCCCAACAAACCAUCCGAUCUUAAUGGCUUCAACGAUAAUAGUUGGAAGAUCGGAGUAGGUAACAGCGUUGGGUACGGUCCGAUCGGACCUGUCGCCGGUGGGUCUCAGAAGAACGUGGCCAUCAACGGUGGGUUCAAUAAAGGGGUUUAUUCAAAGGGAAACAGCUAUAACAGCUUCAACAGCAGUGUGAGCAACAAUUUUGAUGUCGGUUUGAAGGGUAAGAACAGGGCCGGAAAUGAAGAGCAUGGAGGAAAGAGUGGAAAGAAAAACAGCAACAGGAAGAACAAUAACAACAACGACGGUGAAAAUAAGGACAGCAAAACUGCGGCGGAUAAGAGGUUCAAGACACUGCCGCCGUCGGAGGCUCUGCCGAGGAACGAAACCAUUGGUGGCUACAUCUUUGUCUGCAACAAUGAUACUAUGCAAGAGAAUCUCAAAAGACAGCUGUUUGGUUUGCCUCCACGUUACCGAGAUUCAGUGCGGGCGAUAACACCGGGCCUUCCUCUUUUCCUGUACAACUACUCCACCCACCAACUCCAUGGAAUUUUUGAGGCUGCAAGUUUCGGUGGAACAAACAUUGAUCCGACAGCCUGGGAAGACAAGAAGUGUCCUGGAGAAUCUCGCUUCCCUGCUCAGGUUCGGGUUCUUACAAGAAAAGUGUGUGAGCCUCUGGAAGAGGACUCUUUCCGACCAAUUCUCCAUCACUACGAUGGCCCCAAGUUCCGUCUCGAACUGAACGUACCCGAGGCACUCUCUCUGUUGGACAUAUUUGAGGAACAGAUCUGAAGGCUUGAACAGGAUACAACACCGUUGUCUGAUUAUACAUACAUACAGAUACAGGCAGAAAAACAGAAUAACGAAGAAGAUAUGAAAGAGUUUGAAGAAAUCAUGGAUAGGCUGUGGCUUGGAUGUGUUUGAGAGAUUGUAGAUUAGAUGAUGAUGAUGAUGAUGAUGAUGUAGAAAUAGAAUGUUUUUUGUUUGGAGGCUGCCUGCGAUGUAAGCCUCUGUUUUUGUUAUUGGGUUUCGCCUCUGUAGUCUAUACAUAAAUAAAUACUAUCUUCUAUUAAUUUGUCUAUUAUCCUGGUUGAAUCCUCUGUUUUAGUAUUGCUGCACCUGCGCACAAUCAAAUACUUUACCAUUGUUGUUCUUAGAGGUUGAGCCUUGUUUGUUAACAAUUUGCUUAUGGGUUGCAACUUUCUGAAUAUUGAAAUGAGACUGAUUC